GAUAAGAUACGAUGCAGCCUGGUUGUUGGCUGCAAGCCAGCCAGCCAGCAGGAGCAGCAGUAGCAGUAGCAAUAGAAGCAACAGCAAAAGCAGCAGCAGCAGCAGGAGCAGUAGAAGCAGCAGCAGCAGCAGACGACGACGUUGCUUUGUCCGAUUAUGUGCAGUCAACAGCAUCUGUGGCCACAUUGGCCUCCAUCUCAUCCAUUGCUUCCACCUCGGCAUCGGCAAUGGCAGCGCUUGCACAUGCACGCCUCUAUUCGGCCACCACCUCUGCACCACCCACACCACAGUCACAUGCGAGCCACCAUGCCAUGGCCACUGUGCGUACGGCGCCCGCAACGCCAACGCGUCAACGUUUUGGAUUUGGUGAGCUUUCGUUGAAGCACAUCGAUGUGGAUGGUGUGCAGGAUGUUGGAUUAACCGUUGCCAUGGGUGAGCAGUUGCCACCGGUGCCGCCGCCGCCGCCACCGCCGAUGUCAGCGCAAUACAGCAAACCCAAAUCUCAGCGCUUAUUUUGGCGCAAGGCGUUGCGCCGCGUCUUCCAGCGUCGCAAGUGACGUCAAUUGCGGCGUCGACGUCAAGAUAUGCCCCGUUGGCGUCCACGUCGCUGUCGGCGACAUCGUACGCUGGCCGAGCGUGUGCGUCGCAUAUGCGCUUGCUGUGCCUACGGCCAGGUGUUCAUUCGCAAUGCACGGCUAGCGCUGCUCAGUUGCAUUCGUUGGCGCACACGUGGCAACAUACGCAACAACAAAUUUUACUUUACCAAUCAUUAAGCAACAUUAAGAAGACGGAGACGAAGACGAAAAGAAAGAUGAAGAAGAA